AUGGCCGCAGAUCCUCCUCCAAAACUCAAGUCCCGCAGCGGACACAUCAGACGUGGCAUGGGACCAUCCAUCACUCACCUAUCCAGACAGAUAAACGAAGCUAUCCUCCCUAAAUACACAGCAGACUCCGACAUCACACCUCCUGAAUACAUAAACAACGCUGAGUUACAAAUUUCCAAGUUAACAAAAUCCACAGCCAAUGUAAUUAAAUACCUCCAAGAGUGGGAGGACUUGUUGGCCGGUCUAAGCUCAUCAAACGAGGAAGAAUACGCACAGGAGAAGAUAGUGUUUGACAAUUUUACAAAACAAGAAUCAUCGGAUAUCUACUUAGUACUGCAAGAAGGCUAA